CUUUGCCUAUCAAAUGCAUCAAACCACAGAAAGUCGUCUUUCGGAUGAGGCGUUAUUAUAUAUCUCACACUGAUGUUAUUAAAAAUAAAUACAUUCAUUUAAAAAAAUAAAUCCUGGAAGUGAGGAUAGCCCGGAUGUGACUUCAUCUUAUGUGUCUCGGUCCAGUCAGGUCCGCACAGAUAAUAUUUCAUAUUAUUGUUGCGCUUCAUUCGUGACGUUACAUUAAAUCGCUAGAAAGAUACGUAAGGUAUUGUAAUGUUUUUCCCUCCACGCCCAUCAAUGUUCGAAGCUAACCGAGUGUCUUGUUGGCAAAUGAAGCUAGCAACCACGGUGUGUGUGUCUGUCCAAUCAGUUCUUCCGCUUAGUUGUUGAUUUUUGGCGGUCCAGGACCAGCAGACAUGACGAGCUAUGCAGCCAACGUGUUUCGCAAGGUGGAGAGGACGUGCUACCACCUCCCCGUCAUCUUCAACACCUUCCUGGUCUUCUCCAUUACCGGGGAGGUGAGCUACCUGGUGCUGGUCGAGGCUCCGCUGGAGGCGGACCAGAAGAGGACGGAGUGGUCCUCGCUGUGGAAAUCCGUGCACCUGCUGGCUCAGUACGUCAUGCUUUGCAACAUAUGCUGGAACGCCGUGCUGUUUGUCCGCACCAGCCCCAGCAUCAAGGGGGUGUUCCUCGGAGGGGAUACUGUGGGACAGGGAUGGAGGUACUGUUAUGCGUGUGAAACACACACUCCUCCACGCUGCUCGCACUGCUACGAUUGCAACGUGUGUGUGCUGCGACGGGACCACCACUGCGUGUUCUUCGGGCAGUGCGUGGGUUUCCGUAACUACCGUUACUUCCUCAGCUGCUUGCUGUUCAUGUGGUCGGGGCUACUUUACGCCACGCUGAUGAACGCUGAGGUCUUCAUCGUCAUAUUGAAGGAAGGCGUGACUUUGCACAGCGUCUUCCUGCUGAUGAUACCCUGGAUCAUGCUGGUUUCAGGUCAGGUCUCAGCACGUGCCUUCGCCUUCGCCUUCAUUGCAGACACGUGCGUCGUGGGCUUCCUGUUGGUCUCUGCCUUCUUCUUCUUCCAUCUUUUCCUGCUUUUCCGAGGACAAACCACAAGGGAGUGGUACUCGUCUCGCCGUCCCUACAACCUUGGACUCUUGGGCAACUUGCGUCACACCUUUGGUAGUCGCUGGUACCUGUGCUGGCUCUGUCCGCUUAUCCCGUCACCUCUCGCUGGGGAUGGGAUACACUUCCAGAUGACGGGAUCACUCGAACCUACCCAGUAAUAACACCUGGGGUUGGUUCUGUUCAGCAAAGGCAUGACUGACAUACUUUUGUGAAGGCUAGACUCUUUGACUGUUCCCUCUUUUCCUAACAGGAAUAGUCAGCACCAAAAAGUUUCUAUGUUCUGUAUUUCCGGCAUUUUUUUUUUUAAAUUGAAGGUUAUGCAGUUCAAUUUCCCAUUUUACUCUGAAAUUAAAGCACAGCACAAAUAAACUAUUCAAGUUACAAAAUAUCUCAUGGGUUAGGGUUUGAAAUACAUUUUUGUUUGUAGAUUGAUUCUACAAACAAAAAUCUAUUGUAAACCUUUGACUCAUUAAAGUAGCCACAGUGGGCAGAUGUAAAAGCUGAACACAUUCUUGGCAUAAUCUCUAAAAUGGAAAUCAAAUAUUCUUCAGAGAGUUCUUCCCAAUUCUGUUGUGGAAGUUCCCAUAACUGUGCUGCUAUUCAUUGGACUUGAACUAUAUGACUUUCAGUUUUUAAGAAAAAAAAUAAACACAAAUUUGUAUGUUCUGAAACUUUUGACCCGUAGCGCAACUAGCCUAAAGUUUUAGAACACGACCAAGGAGGACACUUCUGUUGAAAAUGAAUCAUAAAAACGCAAGACUGGAAUUUGCUGAACUGCAUGUUGACAAGCCACAAAGUUUCUAUGAACAGACUGGAAAACUGGAACUUUCUGGCAAGGCACAUCAGCUCUAUGUUCACAAAGGCAAAAACGAAGCAUACCAAGAAAAAAAAAAAAACACUGUCCCUAUUAUGAAAUUAUGGAGGAGGCUCUGUUACGUAUGUUCUGUCUUGCAGGGUACAAUAAAAUCUCACGACUAUCAAGGUAUUCUAGAGAGAAAUGUGCUGCCCAGUUUCAGAAAGCUUGGUCUCAGUCGCAGGUCAUGCAACACGAUAACGACCCAAAAGACACAGCUGAAAAGAAAAAAAACACCCAAGAAUGAUUAAAGCCUGGUAUGCAAACAGAGACAAUCUGCCUGUUUUUGCACCGAUUCUGUCCCCUCCAACCAAGCACGUCAAAUGCCAGACCAUAUAUGUUUUAUAGGAUUAUCCUAUAAGUUUAUCCUUAGGUCUGAGGUGUUUUAAGACUAGAUUCGUCCUGGUUUUAGGGUUCGAAACAGGUGGGGGCUCAUAAUCUUAAGUAAUGCACAUGUUCAAUAUUUACGCCCUAAACUCUUCAUGUCUGCAGUAGGGUUGUUCCGUUCAGAAGAACGAAUGUUUUUAGUGAACGAACUGAACCGAAUCAGUUUAUGAAAUGAUUAGUUCUUGUAGCUUGAGUGAUUCGUUCAGUGAACUGGUGGACUGAAGAACUGAAGAGUGAUUCGUUCGUUGAACUUUUUCGUUUGUGAUCCGCUAAAGAGCGAUGUACAAGUACGAUGAGUGAGUCGUUGGCGCAAGGAAUGGCGUACUACGCCGUGAGCGUACUCAUGAGUGACUUUAACCGCAAGUCCUGACGUCCUCGCGGGGAUAGCUUUCACUAGCAGCUUCAAGCUAACGGCUAAUUUUUGAGUCACGUGAAAACAAGCACGUUUAAAAUAAAUGUAAAUUAAUAAUAAAUGUAUAUACGUACACAUAUUCCCGCUGUGUCUCUAAUGCAAUGAUUACAGCUUUUUAUUUAAUAAUAAUAAUAAUACAUUAAACUUAUAUAGCAAGACACUCUGAAGCUACGGUGAACUGGAAGUGCAAAACUAGAACAAAUUGUGAAAUACUUUUACAUUUCAGAAAACAAAUUAACAAAAGCCAAAACACUUUUACAUUUCAGAAAACAAUUUAACAAAAAGAGUCACUGAUGGUGUAGUGGUGCACUCGCCUGACUUUGGUGCAGGCAGCGUGGGUUCAGUUCCCACUCAGUGACGGUGUGAAUGUGAGUGCGAAUGGUUGUCCGUGUCUAUAUGUGCCCUGCGACUGACUGGCGACCAGUUCAGGGUGUAGUCCGCCUUUCGCCCGAAGCCAGCUAGGAUAGGCUCCAGCGUCCCGCGACCCUAACCAGGAUAAGCGGCGUUGAAAUGGAUGGAUGGAUGGAUGAAUUUAACAAAAGCCCAAACACUUUCACAUUUCAGAAAACAAUUUAACAAAAACGGUGGCCGACCGGUUAGAGCGUCAGCCUCACAGUUCUGAGGACCCGGGUUCAAUCCCCACCUGUGUGGAGUUUGCAUGUUCUCCCCGUGCCUGUGUGGGUUUUCUCCGGGCACUCCGGUUUCCUCCCACAUCCCAAAAACAUGCAUUAAUUGAAGACUAAAUUGCCCGUAGGUGUGCACGUGAGUGCGAAUGGUUGUUUGUUUGUUAAUCAUAGGGCACAUACAAACGUAUGUGCCCUAUGAUUGGCUGGCAACCAGUUCAGGGUGUACCCCGCCUCCUGCCCAAUGAUACCUGGGAUAGGCUCCAGCACGCCCGCGACCCUAGUGAGGAGAAGCGGCUCAGAAAAUGGAUGGAUGGAUGGAAUUUAACAAAAGCCAAAACACUUUCACAUUUCAGAAAACAACUUAUGGAUGGUGACGUGGAACAGAAUGUAGCCAAUCGAGAAGUGCCCUGCAAAACAAUUAACAAAACAACAACAAAAAACAUUCUACUUGAUUUCAUAUUUUGUAUUAAAUCGAGUUCACCAGCCGGCAAGACGUAUUUUCCAAAGCAAGUCCCUUUUUUUUGUUUUGUUUUUUUGACGAAAACGAUCCCGCAUCUGGACCCCUCGGAAACACUGCAAAAUUUGGCGCAUAGCCGGAAGUAUCCGCUAGUCUUCAUUUUUGUGAACGUCAAAAGGUUGUGCAACAAAAUAUUAAGGGUACUGUCAUUUUUUGU